ACAAAAUAUACACUAACAUUUACCUACCUCAGAUUCUUACGAUUAGCUCUAGCCUCAAAGUCUGGAACUAAAAAGUAUUAAAAAACUUACAAGAACAUGACUUGUGGCUGAAGGAACUGCUUGUAGGUAGGUUUGGGUUUGAUUAGACACGUUCGUCCUGAAAUAACUACGCAAAAUUAAUAAUAUGUUAGGUUCUUAAAGUCUAAAGUGUGUAAAGUAUUGUAAGUCGCUUGUUGGUGAGUAGCCUUCCAACGUUUAACGAUACAGUUGUAUGCUGUUCAAGUAUGCGGAAUUUCAGCCCGGAAUCAGUUACUACCUAGGUUAGCAUCCUUCUUUUCUUUUAACAGUCUCUUUAGCGUAUCUAUUAAGAAGAAGUUCACACAGAGUACUCAUCUUAGAACUGUUCUAAAUCUCGUUCAUGGUUAGCUUUAAAUCUCUCUGGACAAGUAUAGAACUGGCACCUUUAGGAUUAGUUGGUGUGCCUCGGAGAUAUUGAUGGCCAUGGCGUCCUCUAUAUCACUUCCUAAAACUCAUCCACUCGAUGAUAGAGGAGAGGCCGUUCUUUCUUACUUCCAAGCCUCGGUCAACAAAGCCGAGAAACAGAGCGAAUUUGACUCGAACUUAUCUACUGUCGUAGACAAUGAAUCAGAUAGUUCUUCUUCGGAUGGCCGAGAUGCGUCACCUAGUCCUCCCUUCAAACCUGGUGAUACCGAUCCUAGCUUGGGGAUUCGCCAGUGGUUUGGAUCAACAUGGCAGAAAAACAAAGGACCGCUCUUGGUGUUUUCAGCGCAGUUCUUUGGGGCGUUGAUGAACCUUAUUGCCCGUCUGCUGGAGUUAGAAGGACACAUGCAUCCUAUGCAGAUCCUCUUCGCCAGGAUGAGUAUGACUGCUGUUGGCGUUUCCACAUAUAUAUGGUGGAAGAGAAUACCGCACGGCUUGUUGGGACAUAGGGAUGUCAGGUGGCUCCUAGUACUAAGAGGGUUCUCUGGCUUCUUUGGUAUAUACGGUAUGUGGUAUUCAGUCCAAUACAUACCGCUUGCCGAAGCGACCGUCAUUACAUUUCUUGCCCCUAACAUCACCGGGUAUUUGUGCCACAUCUUCAUGCAUGAACCCUUCACACGAGUGGAGCAACUCGCGUCGCUUGUGGCUUUAGGAGGGGUCGUACUUAUCACAAGACCGACAUCCCUCUUCUCAGGCGCAGCUUCAGCAUCAGCGGCUGGUAAUAUAGCAGCGGGAACCGCCGUAAAUGCCACAGCGGAAGUCAAUUCCUAUCCCGGCGGGGAGCACAUCUCAACAAGUGCUGAGCGGCUAAAGGCUAUCGGUGUUGCGCUCUUGGGUGUUCUCGGAGCGGCGGUUGUCUUCACAACACUGAGAUGCAUCGGGAAGCGGGCACACCCUUUGAUAUCAGUCAACUACUUUAGCUCGUGGUGUUUAAUCGUCACAGCUACGACUCUGUCCCUUGCGCCAAUAUUUGACUAUGGACAGCCAGAUCUGCGUCUUGAAAUGCCACACUCGAUCCGUCAAUGUGCACUUCUCGUAGCGGUUGCCGCAUGCGGUGUGAUCAUGCAGGUACUCAUGACGGCCGGUCUAGCUACUGAGAAGAGCAACCGUGCAACUGCAAUGAACUACACCCAUAUGUUAUUUGCGGCAGCUUUCGAUCGCUGGGUGUUUGGAAAUAUUAUGGGAUGGACAAGUCUCAUUGGAUGUGGGCUCAUCAUCAGUAGUGCGCUGUGGGUUGUGCUUACGAAGAAAGAGACGAGGAAGACUGGCGAUUGCGAAAAUGAAGCAGAAAGGGGUGUUGUAACCUCUGCUGAUAACGAAAGUGCACCAAUGCUUUGGGAGAAUGUGGAUGGAGAUGAGCAUGAAGGUAUUAUACUUAAACGUCUACAGAGAUAGGAUGUGAUUUUAGAGAUGUGAUUUUCGAUGUAGGUAUGUGGAUAUAAGAACUACCUGGUAACUACCUGAAGCUUUACCUAGAAGAUAUAAUAUAGUAUGUACCUAAGUACCUCUUGAGGUCUGGACCAGUGGACCUACCUCGGUUUAGUUUAUCAAAACUUUAUAUACAGUAAUCAAGCACA